CGCAGUAGUAGUGACCACUGUGGCGCAUUUUAAACUCAGGUUGUGUCGGACAAAUCAGAUUAUUGUGGAGGUAAACUGGAUUCUGACGUAAAGGGAUUAGAGGAGCGUUGCAUGUGCCGCCUCCAGGCAACACCCCCCCCUUCCCUCUCUCUCUCUCUCUCUCUCUCUCUCUCUCUCUCUCUCUCUCUGAGCAUGACUCCUCAGAUAUCUCUCUGCGCCUGAACAGGACAGGACAACCGCCGGAAACAUGGCUUCCUAUCUGCAGAUCGCUGACGAUGAGAAAGGCCACGAUCUGGACCUCUUCUGCGUCCCCAGACAUUACGAAAACGAUUUGGACAAAGUGAUCAUCCCCCAUGGACUCAUCAUGGACAGGACAGAGCGUCUUGCCCGGGACAUAAUCCAGGACAUGGGGGGACACCACAUUGUCGCCCUGUGUGUUCUUAAAGGAGGCUACAAGUUCUUUGCAGACCUCCUGGACUACAUUAAAGCACUUAACCAGAACAGCGAUAAAUCAGUCCCCCUGACAGUGGAUUUCAUUAGAGUGAAGAGCUACUGUAACGACAAGUCGACAAACAGCGUCAAAGUCAUAGGAGGUGAUGAGCUGUCCAGUCUCUCAGGCAAAAAUGUUCUGAUUGUUGAGGAUAUCGUGGAGACGGGCAGGACGAUGCAGACGCUACUUUCCCUGCUGAGUGAGAGUAAUCCCAAAAUGGUUAAAGUUGUGAGCCUUCUGGUGAAGAGGACACCAAGAAGUUCAGGGUACAGACCGGACUAUAUUGGUUUUGAGGUGCCUGAUGCCUUCCUGGUGGGAUACGCUUUGGACUACAAUGAAUACUUCAGAGAUCUCAGUCACAUCUGUAUACUGAAUGAUCAAGCCAAGGAGAAGUACAAGGUGUGAGCGGAUGUAUUCUGUACAGGCGAUGAUGACUGAAUGAAAAAAAGACUAGGACCACUGUGAUGACCCUCCUUUAGCUUUGCUGUGUUUUGAAUCCUAUUUAUUUUUUUACAUAUUAAUCCACAAAAUGUGACUUGUGGGUUGUAAAUACCUGAAAGAAGAAUACUUUAUUUCCCUCCUCUGAAAUUUCGGGAUCACUUAUAUAUAAAUAUAUAUAUAUUCUAAAUAUUUGAUUUAUUAAGAUUGACUUUAUUUAUUGCUUUAUUUGUAUUCAUUAUAAACUUGUAAGUUUAAGUUUUAUCUUGAGACAGAAAAGAAGAAUGUAUGAUUGAUUUGUUUUGGCUCAUGGCGUCCCACGCACCAGUCUGCUUUAUGUUCAGUGAGCUGUCAGUCACAUGUUGGUAGCCUUCAGUUUGAACGUUUGUAUGUUUUUGACUUAAAAUGCAUGCACAAUUCUCUCAUUAUGCCAUAAGAUGACAGACUCGGAUUGUACUGUACCGUAAUGUUUUAUUUCAUGUCUGAUGUUUUCAUAGAGGACCUGUUUACAGCAAUACAAUUCCCAAUGAAAUCUUGAA